AUGUCAACAUCAGAGAACACAACAACAGUUAUAGUUCAUGAAGCCAUAAAUGAAGAAUAUGAGUGGGUUCAGUAUAACAAACAGUUACGUCUCAUUCGUUCGGUCAAAGACGAUAUGUACCAAAUGCAAAGUAUUUUGAAUGCUCUUCGUUCUACAAAGCAAGCACAUCAUUGGUUUGAAAACCAACAGACAAAAGAACUUUUAGAAGAAUUUCCUCAUAUGUUUGCGACCCGAGGAAAACCGCGGGUCGAGAUUCCGUACGAAAACAGUGAAGAACAGCGAGUAGGUAAAAAACCUUAG